AUGGCCAAGAAGCGGAAGCUCGGCAACAUCAGCCACAAGAGCCAUUUCGUCGACUCUGGCAGGAAGAGGAACGGCGCCGGCGGCCCGCCCCAGAACAACAACAAGAAGAAGAACAGCCAGUCUGCGCACGCCGCCGAGAGCGACGCCAAGAAGAAGAAGCAGCAGCAGCAGUACCAUCAGAACCAGGAGCCCGUCAUCCCCUUCGCGCCUGAGGACUCCAUUCUCCUCGUCGGCGAGGGCGACCUCAGCUUCGCCGCCAGCCUCGCUGUUCACCACGGCUGCCGUAAUGUGACGGCCACCGUCCUCGAGAAAAACGAGCGCGAGUUGCUGGAAAAAUACCCGCACGCCUCCGAGAACAUUGCGCUCAUUAACAACCCUGCCAAGCCGAAGCUCGCCCCGGCGGGACCAAAACCUGCGACGGACAAGGGCGAGGGCGAGGGCGAGGAUGGCGAUGAUAAAGAGGCUGACAAUGACGAUAAUGACGACGAAGACGACAGCGGCGAGAACGCUGCCGCUGACGAGGAGGAAUUCGACGAGGACGACGACGAAAAGUACAAGCCCCCCGUUCUCAACAACAACAAGAUCCUCUACAACGUCGACUGCCGCACGAUGAAACCCUUCACGCGCAAGUCGGCCCCCAACCAUCGCGGCUUCCACAUGUCGGCCCCCUCCAAGCAGGGCAUGUUCAAACGCAUCCUCUUCAACUUCCCCCACGUCGGCGGCAAGUCCACCGACCGCAACCGUCAGGUUCGCUACAACCAGGAGCUCCUCGUCGCCUUCUUCAACUCGGCGAUCCCCUCCCUCGCCCCUGGCGGCACCAUCGUCAUCACCCUCUUCGAGGGCGACCCCUACACCCUGUGGAACGUCAAGGAUCUCGGCCGCCACGCUGGGCUGCAGUCUCUCCAGAGCUUCAGGUUUCACUCAAGGGCAUACCCCGGGUACAAGCACGCGCGGACGCUCGGCGUCGUGAGAGAGAAGAAGACGGGCGAGGCGAGCGGCGCGGCGUGGAAGGGCGAGGAGAGGCCCGCGCGAAGCUACAUUUUCAUGCGCAAGGACGAGGCCCCGGAGGAGCUCCCCGGGAAGAAGAAGAGGAAGCGGGGCGGCGAUGAGAGCAGCAGCGAGGAAGAGUCCGAGGUAGAAAACUUUGACGACUGA